AUGGCGAUCAGUUGUCUAAAACGAGCUGCCUACUUGUUUCCACUUGAUUGGAGGAUCGCUGCGAAUUUGGGUCUGGUAUACCUGAAAAUAGAUCAACUAGCCAGCGCUUUUCAUUUUCUCACAACCGCUAUUCGCUACUAUUCUCGGACCCGCCAGGCACAUGCAAUUACUGAAUUGGUAGAAACAAUCGGUGGAGUGCUGACUGGCCCCUCUCUGGCGGAAAAUGAUGCCAAAGCAGAUGGCGAUUUGUCGAUGGGUAGAGAGCAUGAACUUGCCGCACUACAUGACAUGUUAGCGUUGACCUAUUCCGGCUUAAAGGAUCCAGAGAAAUCCGAGCAGGAACACAAAAAGGCUAUUCGGCUCGACGCGUAA